AUGCCGGAUACUCCACGAAGCAGCCUGCUGGCCAUCCUGGGAGUUCUGCUCAUCCACUCGGUGGCCGAAGUGCAUGGCCAUUGCUGGGACAGCGGUUGGUGUCGGGACAUGGACACGGAAGCGGAGGUCAUGGAGUGUCUCAGGGCCUGUAGAUUGGUCCUCUCUGAUGAGUUGCCAGUCUAUCCGGGCAAUGGCCACAUGCAGCCUCUGUCCGAGAAUAUUCGGAAGUAUGUCAUGAGCCAUUUCCGCUGGAACAAGUUUGGCAAGAGUAACAACAAUGGCAGCGACUUCGGCCAUAAAAGAGAAGACCUUUCCAGAGACUCCUCUGUGGAGAUCUUCCCGGUUUCUUCGCAAGCCCAAGAUGGUUGGGAGGGAGAUACGAGAGGCGACCAAGAGUCCGUGGAAAGACAAGAAGGCAAAAGGUCCUACGCGAUGGAGCACUUCCGCUGGGGGAAGCCCGUGGGCCGGAAGAGGAGACCCAUCAAGGUCUACCCAACCGAGAUGGAAGAGGAGUCAUCGGAGAACUAUCCGCAGGAGUUCAGAAGAGACCUUUCCUGGGAAUCAGACUACCCUGAACUCGGCUCCCCAGAGGAGAAGAAGAACGGUAAAGCAACCACGUCUGAUGAGGAGGAACACCCUGAAGCGGCAAAGAAGGACAGCACAGAAUACCAGAUGCACCAUUUCCGGUGGAAUGCUCCAGCCUCACCCAAGAAAAAGCGCUACGGUGGCUUUAUGACCUCAGAACGCAGCCACACGCCCCUAGUGACUCUUUUUAAGAACGCCAUAAUCAAAACUGCUUAUAAGAAAGGCCAGUAA